CAGCACACAGUUCGCCGUGCAGGGAUUUGGAGAUUGCAACACAGCAGCAGCAGCAGCAGCAGUGCGCUCGAGGCUGCACUAGGGGCGGAGUUCAACCCAGCAAGUCUCUCCAAACAUCACUAAUCCGCGAUCGGACAUGCGGACACACGCACGCGCCAUCGCCGGACCACUUUGAACCCAAAGAAGGGACAAUUCAACAACAAAACAAAAACAAAAAGAAAAGAAUACGCGAAAUAACGCUGUCCUGCGCCGGGCUCGCGCGACGGGGUCGUCGGUGUGCGCGUCGGAUGGAUCGCGAAUGCUGCACUAUGACGGAUAACGCUUUUGCGAUUACACGCGCCCGGACGCAUCUGCGCUGUUUUUUAGCCGGUUUUAUUGAUGCCGGGAUUUGAUCGGUGACGGCCGGACCGCCCCGCGCUGCCAUCAGACGCUUUGCAUCGGCUUCCCUUUGAGGUAUUGUCCAGUUGCCAUUCAAUGUCCAGUGGCACGUGGGUUAGGCUGCGCGGUGGCUGAUCCUGAGCAUGCUUUCGACAAACCGCCCCGGAGGGGCGUGGGGAUGAAAUGGAUGGAGCCCGUGGCCAGACCAGCGCACCAGCUGCCACCUUCCAGCAUGUCAAGCCGCAGCAAGUCUCCCCCCAACUCUGGAGAAGCUGCAGGCUCUAACUCCAGGGCAUGGGUGAAGAUGUUCAAAAAACCUGGUGGAGGCUUGAAGAAAUCCUACCAGCCUGGGAGCAUGCUGUCUCUCGCGCUCACCAAAGGCCUGCUGAAUGAGCCUGGACAGAAUAGCUGCUUCCUCAACAGCGCCGUACAGGUGCUUUGGCAGCUGGACAUCUUCAGAAGAAGUCUGAGGCAGCUCUCGGGUCACUUCUGUCUCGGUGAUGCGUGCAUCUUCUGUGCUUUGAAGAGCAUCUUCAGCCAGUUUCAGCAGAGCAGAGAGCGCGUGCUCCCCUCCGACAGCCUACGGAACGCUCUCGCUGAAACUUUUAAAGAUGAGCAACGCUUCCAACUGGGCCUGAUGGACGAUGCUGCUGAGUGCUUUGAGAACAUCCUUGAGCGAAUUCACUUACACACAGUUUCUGACACUGCGACGGACGCAUGUUCAUCCAAAUCCUGCAUCACCCAUCAGAAGUUUGCAAUGAUGCUGUAUGAGCAGUUUGUGUGUCGUUGCUGUGGUGCAUCUUCAGACCCGCACCCGUUCACAGAAUUUGUACAUUACGUCUCAACCACAGCGUUAUGCCAACAGGUUGAUCGCAUGUUGGGGAAGAACGAACGGCUCAGGUCGGACAUGUUUGGAGAAUUGCUGCAAGCAGCAAACAACACAGGCGACCAACGGAGCUGCCCGAGCAACUGUGGUCAAAGUAUCAAGAUCCGCCGAGUGCUGCUGAACUGUCCAGAGAUUGUCACUAUUGGAUUUGUUUGGGAUGCUGAGCAGUCUGAUCUCACAGACGACGUAAUUCGGGCACUCGGACCACGUUUGAACCUGUGUGGGCUUUUCAACCGUGUCACGGAUGAAAAUGCCAAACGGAGUGAGCUUCAUCUGGUGGGGAUGAUCUGUUUUUCGAGUAAACAUUACUCAGCCUUUGCCUAUCACACCAAAUCUUCAAAAUGGAUGUUUUUUGAUGAUGCUACUGUAAAAGAGAUCGGAUCCAAAUGGAAAGAUGUUGCUUCAAAAUGUGUCAGGGGGCAUUACCAGCCGCUCCUUUUAUUUUACACCAAUCCCGAGGGAUCGCCGGUGUCCAGCGAAGAUGCACCAAGACAAACCACCAUGUGGCCUCGGUACAAAGCCCAGAUGAACGGUGACCUGACAGUGAAACCUCCUCCUGGCAAUCCUAACAAAUUCCAGGAACCUUUCCUGGAGAAUUUGCAGAGGCCAAGUGAAACAUCAAAAAAGGAUCGAGGCCAUCGGAAAACGGACCUAUCACAACACAAAGAAAUGGCACAUGCAAGAUCUUCAUCUCCUCCAGAGAAUGGACCGAGGACUCUGGUGGACCAAAAAUUAAAAACCCAUCCACGCAGUGAGAAGUCAUCAAACCAUCCAAGCAGAGGAUGUCAGGAGCCACGUGGGCAGUCCAUCAGCACGCAGGGCAGCGGCGGCGGCGGCGGCCACAGCCGGAAGAACAACUCCUCACCGAGCCGCCCUGAGCAGGACAGCUGCCGGGAGCAAGACAGCCGUAACAAAUCCAAGUCCACCUGGAGACCCAUUCGGGAGGUGCUGAACGUGGACACUGUUCUGAAUGAACUGGAGCAGCGUCGUCAACAGCAACACGACAGCCCCCGGCACGGCAAGCCUCCGUCGCACGAGAGAGCGCACGGCGAACAGAGCCGAGACCGCGAGCGGGAGUACGCGAGGGCCAGAGAGGACAGGAGGCAGAAGUGUUUGAUGACGAUUUACGAGGACGAGCAGCGGCACGAGACCGAGAGCCACAGCUCCGUGGAGUCGGAGAGCAGGGCCAACCAGCAGAGGGGCGGCAGACUCAAGGGAGGCCCAAAGGCACUGCUGCGAAGUGAUACCUGGACCAUCCAAAGGACCGAGUCCGGCUACGAGAGCAGCGAUAGACUCAGCAGUGGCUCCACCAACCCCGAUUCACCUGGCGUCGACGGUUUCGUCGUUAAAGACCAGCGAUCGACGCCGGAGGCGCAGCUGCAAAGUCAGCUGCACAGAAAGGGAGGCGAUGCCAAAUCGAGUACAACCUCCUCACCUUCACACAAUGGUAAACAUCAACCCAAACCUCAGGGAAAGAACCAUGACCAAGUUCCACAUUCACAUCUAAAGUGCAGUCCAAGUGCGAGACGGAAAUCAAAGUACACUUCCAGCACCUCCAGAAAAGUAGUAUCCUCCGAGAGGGACUCAGCUGGUUCAGAAAACAGGCCGAGUGAGCCGACCAGCUGCAAAGGUCACGCGGGAGAAAACGCAGCCCAGAGGCACAUGGCGAAAACCAGCAGCUCUGAAUGGAACAGCUCCGACGAUCUCGCUCUCUCCGAGCCCGAUGACGGGGAAAACACCGGCGCCAAUGAACUCCGCUGUCCUCGCGUGACCUCGCCCUGCAGCCCCGCCGGCGACGCCACCGCGGAACCGCUCCAACUGAACAGUCAGCGUCCGCUCGGCAGGACGGGGUCGCCCCUCCAGCGGGCCGCCCAGCGGAUCUCUCCCCACCCGGCGGAAACCGGCCACCCGGCGUCCCGUCCGAGGACGCUGCAGGAACCCUUCCCGCCGAGUCCUCGUCUCUCGCCCACGUCCUGCGCCUGUCCUCACAGGAGGCCUGACAUUUCGGGCCUCAGGACCUUCUCGGACGCGAGUUCAAAGUCGGGCUCCGACCCGGGGAGAAGCACGCCGUCGUCGUGCGAAAGCGAGGAAAGAUCGACUGGCUGCAGGGUGGAGCGAGCGGCGCCGGCUCAAGAGGUUUCUCUGACAACGUACUUCACUGUGGAUAAUUGCAUGAGAACGUACCGCCUCAAGUACCACAACCAGAGGCCUCUUGUCCUCUCGGCCUCGGUGCCGCGGGCCGCGGUCGCGGGCGAGCGCAGAGAUACCGGCCACACACUCCCCACUGACACAUACUCACAGGAUCUGCCAAAGGCCAGACCUGAAACAAGCCAUAAUAGCAAUAAACCCACAGCAAAAUGGAACCCAGUGACAGCCAAAGGACUGGAUGAACGUGUUUUUUUAUGAGUGUUACUUGGCAAGGUUGGUUUACGUGGAAAGUGGUCAGUAGAGAACUAACUGGAUGCCAAAGAGUUUACAGAGUGGAAACAUGUCUUGAAGAAUCUCCAAAUCGAGUGUCAUUUAUUUAUGCAAGCUUGUCACAUAAGUAAAACCUUUUUUUCUGAAUGCUGUUGCGUAAGCAGAUUAUCUACUAGCAUACUGUACUGUCUUCCACUGUCUACCACAGUAUUGCUGCAAGACUAUUUAGUUUAACCAAAAUCUAGACUGAUUUAAUUUUUUACAAAAUGUUCUUGAGUCUUUACUAUUCUUUUUAAUCAACGUAUGUCAAGUUCCAAUGUGUAUUUUUUGUAUUUUGUGCAGUAGUUAUGCAGAAGCACUACAGAAUUGUAGAUAUACCGACAUAUUUCAAGUAAGGCGAGAAAGACAAACUGUACCGUAAUCUUACAAAGAUAAAAGAAGCACGUUUGAGGGCAAAUGACUGUUCAAUCCGGUGAAAAUCUAUAUUUAAGAUACUAUUUAAGAUGCAGAAUAUGAUGUCAUUCUACACCACGAAAUUAAAAACAGCAUGUUUGAGGUGGCUUUCUUAUUUACACUAGUCAAAGAAGUAAUAUCUGGGUAUCUUCAAACCUAAUGCACAUUGACGGCUUGAGGACAACAGAUAUUGCAACACUUAAAUUACUAUUUUAUUGAAACAGUUAUCGCUUAUCAGCUAUUUUACUGUGUUUCUGCGUUAAUGAACGACUGGGGGCUGUCCUGUACUUGACAACUCGUCUGUAAACUUCUGAUGGCAAAGAUUAUACUGCCCUUAUUCAUUGAUAUGGAAAGAUGUUUCUCAAAAUGUCAUUCAGCAUGACCGUACAGUUCUCGGCAGUCUGCAAGCCUUUAAUUUGACUGCGAUGUUGUGAAGUUGGAGUAGCCCUCAUGUUAUGUAGUAGGUCCUUAUAUACUGUACGACCAUGUCUCCCUGUGAAUUCUACCUUGGACUGUGUUCUUUUUUUUUCUUACACAGUGAUGUCAAAUUGUAUUCUUUCCAGUCUUCCUUUUAAAGUAGACACGUCUGUAUUUGCAGGUAUUUUCAUAAUGAUGCCAAUAUCAUUAACAUGCUUAUUUGAUAAUGAGCGUACAACACAAACAUUAUUUUUGUCUGCUAGAGAAAUGUUCUGCAGCCUGCAUGUGGCCUUUUCAAAAUGUUACUAUCUGUGUGUGCAGCGUACGCAUGAGCAUGAUAGUCCUGGACUUUGAAUCCAACAAAGAGAACUUCUAUUCGAUUUGACUUAAUUAAAUUAAAUUUGCAGUUAAUUUGUAAGUUUUUUUAACAUUGACAUGAACUUUGUCUUAUGUUGUCAUAUUCUGUACAGUCAACAUUCCAGAAAACACAUAAAAAUCAGUGUUGUUCAAUUGAAUAUUUAUAUUAAUUUUCACUAGAUUGUCCUUUCCUAAACAUACAGCCAUUUAUGGCUCUAUCUCACUUUUUCAGUCUACCCACAAUAAUCAAAAUUCAUAUUUCUCAGCUAGUUAAACUCCUCACAGUCACCUAAUCUCCUGUGUUUGUGUGUGUUGUUUUUACUUUCCAUGAUAUGACACAUACGUCAUAAAAGGUUGCGUCCACACAAGAUGUGCGAUUGUAGUUAAAUGGUUUAUUAUUUUGAGAUAUCUAAGAUAUUCAAAGGAUAAAGAAAUCUACCACUGGAUAAGAUAGAGUUCAGGUAUAUUGACCAGAUUGAACUAAAUGUUGUCUCACUGUGUGUUUUUUGUGCUUUCUUAUGUGACUAAUGGAUAUACCAUUUAAUUACAAUAUUUAUCAUGUUAUUUUCUUUAUUUGUAAUAAGAGGAAUUGUUUUCACAUAAGCUGUAACUGAAUUUUGUGUCUUCGGUUGUAUCAACAGUGCCUUAACAUUUUUUUAGACAGACGUGUUAUUUGUGAGGGAAACCACAUUAGGCGGAUUGAAGGAGAUGAAUGCAAGUCAUGCAAAACCUUUAAAAUAUGCAAUGCUAAUAGAGACAUAUCUGCUGACACUCCUCUGACUCGCACCUUUCUACUGUGUGUGUAUGGGUGCGUUGAAGUUCCAGGGGAUGGGUUUGUGCCAAUUGCGAUAUUGUUAAAAGCCCUUUUAGACUUAGAAGUUACAACAGUAGCAGCAAGGUCUGUGUUCGCUCUGCAAACAGCUGCACAAAAGUUUGACAUUUUCGUAGUUUGAAUGUCAAAAUGGGAAAAUCUGUGCUUGAAGUGCAUCUCACUUUCCCAGUUUAAAAGAGCCUUAAUUUGUAAUAAUUUGUUGGGUGAUUAAAUGUGCACGCAUGCCUGUGUGUCGGUUUGGAUAUGAGUUCUGGGAAAAUGAGCCACUCCAUUGGUUUCCUAUUGCACCAGUGAGCCAUAGUCUUCAGUUGAGGAAAUGCUUUAUGUUCUUGCUUCAUGUCCUGCGUCACAUGAUGUUACGUUUGGCAUUUCAUCAAUCCAUAUCUUUUAUCUUGUGAUGUGUAUGCAGGGACGGGACAUAAUUGCACUGUAUUGCAUCAACACCCAAGAACGAUAGGGAACUUUCCCUGUUUUGUCGUCUCAUUUGAUCCGGCUGAUAAGGCCUGAUGUGUUGGAACUGAACGCCGCCCCGGAUCCUCUUGUCAUACCUCUGUGUGUGGUUAGGAUUUCAUCCGACAUUACCGUUGAAUUGAGUCAUUGGUGCUUCAGUGAAUGCUUCAUGACUUGUGCAAGUACAGACCAAUUUAAAGAAACAUAUCAAAUCUGUCUACACUUUAUAUUUUUGUAGAUAAUCUAUAUUUAUUUUUAUUUAUUGUUGAAUAAAGUUUAAACUAUCGUAUCACUCUCAAA